GGUCCGGGACCCGCUUUUGGCGGGCUCAGCCGGAGUUUGUGGGGUCCCGGAGGGAUUCUGGGGAUCUCAGCCCCUCCCGAACGGGAUUUUGCGGGUCCAACCCCCAAAUUUUGGGAAUCCGCAACAUCCCAAAUCCACUUUUUCCUCCUUUCCCUCUGCGCAUGCGCAGCACACGCGUCGACACCGCCCCACGCGGCAAAACUUCCGUACGUUUCCUCCGGUACCGCGCAAGCGCAGAACGCAACACGGACGCCGCCAUGCUUGCCGUACGUCCUCGCCUUCUUGUUGCGCGUGCGCAAGGCGGGAAGGCGGCUCCGCGCAUGCGCACCCCGCCCUUCUUCUUCGCUGCUGCCGCCCAAGAUGGCGCCGCCCAUGGCGGCCGCCGCCGCCUCCCUCUCCCUCCUCCUCCUCCUCCUCCUCCGCCGCCGCCGCCGCCGCCUCCGCGGCCGCCGCCGCCGCCUCCUCUCUGCACGCCGGCAGGGGCGGCAUGCACCACCGGAGCGACUCGCAGCGGCUGGGCAAGCCCGGCUGCCCGCCGGCCGAGCAGCCCGCCCUGCCCAUGGCCAACGGCAACUUCCUCUCCACCCUCGCCCCCGAGCACUGCCGGCCGCUGGCCGGCGAGUGCAUGAACAAGCUCAAGUGCGGCGCCGCCGAAGCCGAGAUCAUGAACCUCCCCGACCGCGUCGGCACCUUCUCGGCCAUCCCGGCGCUGGGCGGCCUCUCCCUGCCCCCCGGGGUCAUCGUCAUGACGGCCCUGCACUCCCCCGCCGCGGCCUCGGCCGCCGUCACAGACAGCGCCUUCCAGAUCGCCAACCUGGCGGACUGCCC